UGGCCAUGCAAAGAAACAAAUCAAGGCAUUAAGAGAGAGAGAGAGAGAGAGAGAGUCAGGGAGAGAGGGAAAUACAUAAAAGUAAGCGAAAGGAACGAUCUCCGAUUCGUUCGAAUACAGAAGUCAUUAAUGGCGGCCUCAAAGAGUUACCGCUUCCUCUGCGGCGACCGGGAGCCGCCUCCAAUCGCCUCCGACUCCGUGUUCGAGCUCGACGAAUCCGACGUCUGGAACUCGGGGAUUUCCUCGUCGCCGGAGUUCCGGAAGCCGAUGGCGAGUUCGAGGAAAAAGCCGUCGGCGAGGCGCGGGACUGAGGCCGGAGGAGCAGCGUCAUCGCUGCCGGUGAACGUACCGGACUGGUCGAAGAUACUGAAGGAGGACUACAAGGAGAACCGGCGGAGGGACAGUGACGACGACUUGGACGACGGCGACGGCGGGAACCGGAUUCCGCCGCACGAGUUCCUGGCGAGGCAGUUGGCGAGGACGCGGAUCGCUUCCUUCUCGGUGCACGAAGGCGUCGGGAGGACUCUCAAGGGGAGGGAUCUGAGUAGGGUGAGAAAUGCAAUUUUUGAGAAAACUGGGUUCCAAGACUAACCACAGGGCCACCCACCAGUAAAGUAUCAUAACACAGAGAGAGAUUAUCAGUUAGUUACUGUUAAUCAUCCACAGUUUUACUUUUAACCCCUUUUUUGUUUCUUUCCUGUAUUUUAUUUUAUUAUUUUAUGUUAUUGCUUUCGGAUUCCGGAUUUGGGUAUUGUUUUUGGGGGUUGUUUGGGAUGUGGUUGCUGAUGCCGAAGCGGGUUAUUAGUGCAUGUAAUUAUAACUCUUGAGCCAGAGAUCGUGAAAUGGAAAUUUUUUCCCAAGAAA